UCUGGGCGUUCAUCUCUUUGGGUUUUCGAUAUAGCUAAUAUAUAUUUACCAUUUCUUCUGGUUUCCGUUGCUGCGACGGCUGUGAAUAGUCCUCUAUACUCUACUUCACGAUGACAGAGAGUGAGAGUGGUGGUGUGGUCAAUGGACUAGGAAAGACUGUUUCUCAACUUGAAAAGGUUGUGUCAGCAUCACUACGGCCGUUGCCCACCGAAACAGGGGAUGGAUCAUAUGUGAAAGACUCAAGUAACACGGGAAUUGUCAGGGAUCUGGGCCGUAUGGAUCUCAGCGAUGUCAAGACGAUCGUGGAACUCACCAAAAAUGCUGCCACGGGAGAGCCUCUCAAUGAUAAGCAAUAUAUUAUGGAGCGAUUGAUCCAGCUUACCUCUGCACUUCCUUCCACCUCUCGAGUUGGAAAGGAGUUGACAAAUGCCUUCCUCAACCAGCUGUGGAAAGAUCUGGAACACCUCCCGGUUUCUUACCUUGGCCGCGAAUACUCGUAUCGAGAAGCAGAUGGCUCAGGCAAUAACGUUUUGUGGCCUCAUAUCGGCGCUGCCGGCUCUCAUUACGCGAGAUCCGUUCGGCCAAAGACAUUGCAAUCUCCUGCGCUCCCGGAUCCAGAAACACUGUUCGAUUCGCUUUUGGCACGCAAAGAUUUUAAGGAACAUCCGAACAAGAUUUCUAGUAUUCUGUUCUACAUUGCAUCCAUUAUUAUCCAUGACCUAUUUCAAACGGACCGCAACGACAGCACAAUUUCUUUAACAUCUUCAUAUCUCGACCUUUCGCCACUGUAUGGAAAUAACCAAGACGAGCAAAACCUUGUCAGAACCUUCAAGGAUGGAAAGCUCAAGCCGGACUGUUUCUCUACCAAGCGUGUACUGGGGUUUCCUCCGGGUAUUGGCGUAAUCUUGAUCAUGUUUAACCGAUUUCACAACCACGUCGUCGAACAGCUGGCCGCAAUUAACGAAGGCGGCCGGUUCACAAAGCCGGAUGAGUCGAACACCAAAGAAUAUGCAAGAUAUGAUAACGAUCUGUUCCAAACCGGUCGGCUAGUAACCUGCGGCCUCUAUGUCAACAUAAUACUCAAAGACUACGUGCGAACGAUCUUGAAUAUUAAUCGAACUGACAGCCUUUGGAGCUUGGACCCCCGUGCUGAAAUGAAGGAUGGAUUACUUGGCGAAGCAGCAGCUCAGGCUACCGGUAACCAAGUCUCGGCUGAAUUCAACCUUGUGUACAGAUGGCAUUCUUGCAUUUCUCAACGUGACGAGAAGUGGACAGAAGAUUUGUACAAAGAUAUCUUUCCUGGAAGGGAUCCGAACAGUGUCUCCUUGCAGGAGUUCGUGCGAGGUCUCGGAAAGUGGGAGGCAAACCUUCCAGAGCAACCCCAGGAUCGUCCGUUUGCAGGCUUACAGCGCAAGCCUGAUGGAUCCUUUGACGAUGACUCUCUCGUCAAAAUCUUUGAGGACAGCGUUGAGGACUGCGUAGGCGCAUUUGGUGCAUCUAACGUUCCAACGAUCUUCAGAAGCAUUGAAGCGUUGGGGAUUAAACAAGCUCGCUCCUGGAAUUUGGCUACCUUGAACGAAUUCCGGAACUACUUUAACCUGACCCCCUACAAAACUUUUAAGGAGAUCAAUCCUGACCCUUACAUAUCUGAGCAGCUCAAACGACUAUAUGAUCACCCAGACAAUGUGGAGAUCUACCCUGGUGUUAUCGUCGAGGAUACAAAGGAAGCCGUGGUCCCUGGAAGUGGCUUGUGUACCAAUUUCACAAUUUCAAGGGCCAUUCUCUCCGACGCAGUUGCCUUGGUCCGAGGCGAUCGCUUCUACACAGUCGAUUUCACUCCAAGGCAUCUUACAAACUGGGCCUUUAGCGAGAUUGAACCUAAGGACUCAGUCGAUCAAGGCCAUGUAUUCUAUAAGCUUGUGUUGCGAGCAUUUCCGAACCAUUUCAAGGGAAACUCGAUCUACGCACAUCUCCCUCUGGUUAUUCCAUCUGAAAACAAGAAGAUACUGACAAAACUUGGGUUUGCUGAGAAGUAUAGCUGGGACAAGCCUGGCUACACUCCCCCACCCCAGUUCAUUCACUCUCAUUCGGCUUGUAUGUCAAUACUGUCUGAUCCAGAGGCAUUCAAGGUCACAUGGGGCUCAAAGAUCGAAUUCUUGAUGCACCGUGGAAAACAGCCUUUUGGCAGGGACUUUAUGUUGUCUGGGGAUAGGCCUCCAAAUGCCGCAUCGCGCAAGAUGAUGGGAGCUGCUUUGUACCGGAAGAGAUGGGAGAAUGAAAUCAAAUCCUUCUAUGAGGACAUAACUCUGAAGCUUCUGCACAGAAAUUCUUACAAGAUUGCUGGGAUCAAUCAAGUUGACAUUGUACGAGACGUUGCAAAUCCUGCUCAGGUUCAUUUCUGCGCAAAUGUUUUUUCAUUGCCUUUGAAGACUGAAUCUAACCCCCGGGGAGUCUUCACGGAAACCGAACUCUACCAGAUCAUGGCUGUUGUUUUCACCUCAAUUUUCUACGAUGCGGAUCCUGCGAACUCAUUUGAACUUAACCAAGCUGCCCGGGAAGUGACGCAGCAGCUCGGGCAGUUGGCAAUGGCCAAUGUCGAGCUUGUUAACAACACUGGGUUCAUUGCGAACUUGGUGAGUAGUUUACACCGACAUGACGUGCUCAGUGAAUACGGUGUCCACAUGAUCCAACGCCUCCUUGCCAGCGGCCUGCCAGCGGAUGAGAUUGUAUGGACUCAUAUUCUGCCAACUGCUGGGGGCAUGGUGGCAAACCAAGCGCAGCUUUUUUCACAAUGUCUUGACUAUUACCUUUCGGAAGAAGGGUCAGUCCAUUUGCCUGAUAUUAAACGGCUGGCAAAGGUUGAUACACCGGAAACCGACGAACUGCUGUUAAGAUACUUCAUGGAAGGCGCCCGCUUACGGUCGUCUGUGGGACUACCUCGGAUGGUGGUCAAGCCCACUGUCGUUGAAGACAACGGUAAGAAGCUAAAUUUCAAGGCAGGGCAACACAUUCUUUGCAACCUGGUUUCCGCUUCCAUGGACCCGGCAAGUUUUCCAGAGCCUGAAAAGGUCAGACUUGAUCGCGAUAUGGAUCUCUACGCUCAUUUUGGUUUUGGUUCACAUCAGUGCUUAGGUAUUGGGCUUUGUAAGUUAGCGCUUACCACCAUGCUCAAGGUCAUCGGACGCUUGGAUAAUCUGCGCCGUGCCCCGGGGCCUCAGGGGCAGCUGAAAAGGCUGUCUGGGCCUGGUGGAAUUGCAAAGUACAUGACUCCAGACCAAAGCGGAUUUUCUCCCUUCCCAACUAGCAUGAAGAUUCAGUGGGAUGGUGAGUUGCCGCGAAUGGAGAGGUAACGUCCGGUCUGCGAUAAACGCAAUGUUGAUAAGCCGCCUCUUUUGGAUAUACGUUAAAAAUGUUGUACUGUUGACUGUGUUAUUACUUUGUUGUUGAUUUGUAUGUACAGUAAGGCACCGCCACGGAAAUAAAUUGAGAUUUUCCCUGCCAAAUUAGCUGUAGGUGGGAGUUUUAUGCGUAGUUUCGUCUUGCUUUUUUGAGCAUCAUCUGAACCUUCUUGUAAGAGAGAAGAAAAAGCGGGAGGAAGAUGACAGCAUAAGGAUGCAUGGAAUAUGAGGUAGUAUAGAUUCCGGUGGGAUGAGGGGUAGUGACGUGAAUAUAUAUUAUGUAUGGCCUGAAAUACCAGGAACGAACAACUGAAAUCAAACCGAGAGAAUACAGAUACAGUGUAUAAGGAAGUGUACUACUACCAGAUAGUGGCUACUCCCAGCCCAGAGAAAUCAAUUAUAUUGUCU